GCGUACAACAUCAACAACAUCAUAAUCAUCAAAAUCUCCACUUGAUGUACUCCAUUCGAUAAUUCUACACAUUCGACUUUAAAAGAAUUUUUUACAAUAAUUUUCGUUACAAUUUCACGUACAUGGAUACUCUAGCGACCUCACCAACAAAUUGCGGCGUAAAAGUAAAUUUAUUAAUUAAAAACAACAACAACAACGUUUAUAUAUGAAUCUCUGGCAACGCAGAACAAAAACCACAAAUUGUGUGCAACAACAACAGCAAAAGUGUAAUAUUUAAAAUAAAAAAACGCAACAAUAGUAAUAAACAACAAAUGCAAAAAUAAAUAAAAAAACAACAACUACAACAACCAUAAAAGUUGAAAUGGACUCGUCGCCGCAAUUGUAUAAAAUAAAUUCCAAAUGUCUUCCGGAAUAAAUUGUCGUGAAAUUUUCGUAUUUUUGGAAAUCUUAAUUUGGAACCAAAGGGAUCAUCAGAAGAAGAGAAAUCAUAGUCAACAACAACAACAACAACAGCAGCAGCGACACAGCAACAAUAAUAAUGAUAGUGACCAGCAACAAAAGCAACAGCAGCAACAACAGCAAAACAACGCAGUGAAAGUGUUAAAGUGUAAUACUAAUAAUCGUACCAACAACAACAACAAUAAUAAUAAUAACAUACACAAAACCUAUAGCAACAAUAGCAGCAAUAGCAGUAACAACAGCAACAACAGCGGUGUCGUGAGCGGUAGUCAAAGUAGCAGCAGCAACUGUAACAACAAAAACAGCUGCAGCAACAAUAACAAAAGCCAAAAAAUCACCAAUUACACGCAUAGUGCUGGUCAUCGUCAGCAACAACAACAGCAACAACAAACGCAUUUACAAUAUUUCCAACAGCAGCAGCUGAACAACGCCAAAUGUAAUAACAUCAGCAACCGUAACAACAAAAACAACAGCAAUACACAUUCGAACCACUUGAAAUUGUUGCAAAAUCAAAUGAAAAUCGCACGCAAAGUCUGCACCAGCAGCGGCCAACAGUAACAGCAGCGCGCU